AUGUCCCUCUACCCCAAGUCCAAGCCUCGCCGCUCCACACCCCUCACUUCCGGUCCAUCCGGACCAUCUCAUACCGCCGGCGGUCCCUCACGGCAAGCCCAAUCCCAGGCGCCCCAGCUCAGCGAGGAUCAGAAGCAAGAGAUCAAGGAGGCGUUCGAGCUGUUCGAUACGGACAAGGAUGGAUGUAUAGACUAUCAUGAGCUUAAAGUGGCUAUGAGGGCGUUAGGGUUUGAUAUGAAGAAGGCGGAGGUGGUGAAGAUCUUGAGAGAGGGGGAGUUGGGUGGGGAGGGGUUGAUGGAUUGGAAUGGGUUCAAUCGCAUCAUGACCGAGAAGAUAUUAUCAAGAGAUCCCCUCACCGACCUCCGCCGUGCAUUCGCACUCUUUGACGACGACAAGACCGGACGGAUAAGUUUAAAGAACUUGAAGCGGGUAGCGAGGGAAUUAGGGGAGAGUCUGGGAGAGGAAGAAUUACAAGCAAUGAUAGAUGAGUUUGACCUGGAUCAGGACGGGGAGAUCAAUGAGCAGGAGUUCUUAGCGAUCAUGCUGGAUGGUGAAUGA